CCGGUAGCUCCCGGAAUAGGACCGUUUCGAGACGGUCGCUUUCAAGUGGGCCUGGGCGCGGGGGGGGGGAAACGGGUCUGUCCUCGGGAACUGCGAGGCUCUGUGCGCACGAGGACUGGGGUCCCGGCCUCGGCUGCUUGGGCGUCCAGGCUUAGCGGGGCCGCGGACACUGACCCUUGCUUAGAACUCAUCCUGUCCCGCAGAGCCUGCUGCGAGUUCCUGCCGUCCCCUGCAGCGGUUUCUUGGAGCCGCUUUCCCAAGCGGAAGUCAGCCUGCGGCUUGGACUCCGGCGGGACCUGCACGGAAGAAUGGCGCUGCCGGGUUCAAGCACUGUCAUCCUAUUGGCCCUGACAAUCAUAGCCAUCACCCAGGCACUGACGCCCACUCACUACCUCACCAAGCAUGACGUGGAGAGACUGAAAGCCUCGCUGGACCGCCCUUUCACAAAUUUGGAAUCUGCCUUCUACUCCAUCGUGGGACUCAGCAGCCUUGGUGCCCAGGUACCAGAUACAAAGAAAGCAUGUAUCUACAUCAAAUCUAACCUUGAUCCCAGCAAUGUGGAUUCCCUCUUCUACGCUGCCCAGGCCAGCCAGGCCCUCUCAGGAUGUGAGAUUUCUAUUUCAAAUGAGACCAAAGACCUGCUUCUGGCAGCUGUCAGUGAGGACUCAUCUGUUACCCAGAUCUACCAUGCAGUUGCUGCUCUCAGUGGCUUUGGCCUUCCCUUGGCAUCCCAAGAAGCGCUCAGUGCCCUUACUGCUCGCCUCAGCAAGGAGGAGACUGUGCUGGCAACGGUCCAGGCUCUGCAGACAGCAUCCCACCUGUCCCAGCAGGCUGACCUGAGGAGCAUCGUGGAGGAGAUUGAGGACCUUGUUGCUCGCCUGGAUGAACUGGGGGGCGUGUACCUCCAGUUUGAAGAAGGACUGGAAACAACAGCAUUAUUUGUAGCUGCCACCUACAAGCUCAUGGAUCAUGUGGGGACCGAGCCAUCCAUUAAGGAGGAUCAGGUCAUCCAGCUGAUGAACGCAAUCUUCAGCAAGAAGAACUUCGAGUCCCUCUCUGAAGCCUUCAGUGUGGCCUCUGCAGCUGCUGUGCUCUCCCAUAAUCGCUACCACGUGCCAGUUGUGGUUGUGCCUGAGGGCUCUGCUUCUGACACUCACGAACAGGCUAUCCUGCAGUUGCAAGUCACCAAUGUUCUGUCUCAGCCUCUGACUCAGGCCUCUGUUAAACUAGAACAUGCUAAAUCUGUUGCUUCCAGAGCCACUGUCCUCCAGAAGACAUCCUUCACCCCUGUAGGGGAUGUUUUUGAACUAAACUUCAUGAACGUCAAAUUUUCCAGUGGUUAUUAUGACUUCCUUGUCAAAGUUGAAGGUGACAACCGUUACAUUGCAAAUACUGUAGAGCUCAGAGUCAAGAUCUCCACUGAAGUUGGCAUCACAAAUGUUGAUCUUUCCACCGUGGAUAAGGAUCAGAGCAUUGCACCCAAAACUACCCGGGUGACCUACCCAGCCAAAGCCACGGGCACAUUCAUCGCAGACAGCCACCAGAACUUCGCCUUGUUCUUCCAGCUGGUAGAUGUGAACACUGGUGCUGAACUCACUCCUCAUCAGACGUUUGUCCGACUCCAUAACCAGAAGACUGGCCAGGAAGUGGUGUUCGUUGCCGAGCCAGACAACAAGAACGUGUACAAGUUUGAACUGGAUACCUCUGAAAGAAAGAUUGAAUUUGAUUCUGCCUCUGGCACCUACACUCUCUACUUAAUCAUUGGAGAUGCCACUUUGAAGAACCCAAUCCUCUGGAAUGUGGCUGAUGUGGUCAUCAAGUUCCCUGAGGAAGAAGCUCCCUCAACUGUCUUGUCCCAGAACCUUUUCACUCCAAAACAGGAAAUUCAGCACCUGUUCCGUGAGCCUGAGAAGAGGCCCCCCACCGUGGUGUCCAAUACAUUCACUGCCUUGAUUCUCUCGCCGUUGCUGCUGCUCUUUGCUCUGUGGAUCCGGAUUGGUGCCAAUGUCUCCAACUUCACUUUCGCUCCAAGCACGAUUAUAUUUCACCUGGGACAUGCUGCUAUGCUGGGGCUCAUGUAUGUCUACUGGACUCAGCUCAACAUGUUCCAGACCUUGAAGUACCUGGCCAUCUUGGGUAGUGUGACGUUUCUGGCUGGCAAUCGGAUGCUGGCCCACCAGGCAGUUAAGAGGAUCGCUGCAGAGCAGAGCAGUAGAUUGGCAAAAUAUAGGACACUACGAUGGGUUUGGAGCCUGCCCUUCUGCAAGACUCCGUCAUCAUCAUCUCAGUCCUCACCCCUGGGAAGAGCUGCCCCUGAAGGAUGGUGUGUGUGUCGGCAGCCCUGCCUCUGCCUGCUGGAGCCUGCUGGAAUCGCUUACUCACAGCAGUCACCUCCUCAGCUGCACAGUGUGUCUAGAUUGUCCUUUUCAUUCAUUGUGGUUCCCAUCCCUCCUUAGAGCCUAGGGAAAGGCAGCGGAGGGGAAAAGAAGAAUACAGGAGAUAGGUUUUUAUCCCCUUUAACAUUUUCUGUGAGCUGAGUCCCAUUUUUGAGAAUGUUUCUAUGUUAGGUUAGAGGCUGCGUGUGACUUGGCAAGGUCCCGGCCACACAGCAGGAAUGUGCAGAUUGGUGUAAUGAAUGGUCAGGAUGUCAUCUUCCAAGCUACAGAAGGGCCACUUGUUGGUUGGCAGAGCUGGAGUCUGGGAGAUUGAGGACAAGCAUUCUUUAAACUUUCCUCUCUGUUCAUCUAGUUGAAAUUUACACUCUGUUUUUGGCCUUGCACUGUGAGAGGUGUGCCUGGAAUUACCUCAUCUCCGUAUGUUGUCACAUACCACUAUCUUAGUUAUUAUCGAGUUUGUUUUGUUGUUUGUAUUUAAGUCGUCAUUAGCUUAAUUAUGAACUAGUUGUCUUACAUUCUUUUGUAAAAUGAGAUGGGGCAUAAAUAGAAUCGGUAAAUGAUUAUUCCCUUAUAAAUGGGAUCUUAUCGCAGGAGAGUACCUUGGUCUCCCUGUUGUCACCAGUUAGGAGCUGUAACAGUGAACUGAAACCGUCAAUAAUUUUGUGUUUGUCUCCAUUUUU